GCACAUGCCUUACCGGCCGGCGAGCAGCAAGCAAGCGACCAAGCGUUGGUGUAGGCCUCGACGAGUGAUCACUGAGGGAGGCUGAUUGCGCGACUCCGUGAAGGCUUCCCCUGCACGGUAUCCAUUGGCGCCCACCUGUGAUCUCGUCUGGCAAGCAGCUAUUCCCUCACCCCACCUGACUUGGAUUGAUGGAUAGAAGUUGGGUGCAUGGAGUGCUAUUUACGCCUAAGUAUAUUGGUGGUGUGCAAUCUUUCAUGAGCUUCAUCAGAGAGAGGUUUAAUGAUGCUGAACAAAUUCUGUGCCCAUGUACUGCGUGUUUAAACCAUAAAUAUUUGCACCAAAAUGAUGUGCAGAGGCACCUACUGCUUAAUGGCAUGUCUAGUACAUAUACAAGGUCAAAUGCAAAGAAGGUUACUAAAACUGAAAUCUCUAACCAAUAUACGGAGGAAGCUGAUGCAGAGCAGCAAAAUGAUCGCCAGGAUGGCCCCACUGAAAAUGGCAUCGACCUUGCAGAUGAUAUAUUUGAUGAGGAUGAUCGGAUUAGGGGACCUAAUAUUGGGAAAAAACUUGAUCAGAUGACUCGCUCGAGGAAAGGUAGACUUCCUUUGGUUAUUGAACCAGGGAAGUCAAGGCCAAGCUCAGUGACGAUUGCUGCCAAGUUCGCAACUGAAUGCAAUAUUACAGUCAGAGGCCAUAUGCCUAUAUUUCCACACUGGAAGGAAUACAAGAAAAAAAGUUUGAGACCAAUCAUCUGGGGUUACAUAGAAAGAGUCUGUUCCAAGUUUGAGACAGAUAAAUAUUCAAUCCAUGUGCAAAAAGCAUGUGUGGCUAUGCUGAAGAGAGCUGUUCGCCAGCAGCGCUAUAAGCUGAAAAAGAAGUAUUUUGAUGCUUUCCCACUUCAUCUGGUGCCCAAGAAAUCUCCUGUGUCCUCGAUGAGUGAUGGCCAAUGGGAUACACUUGUCGAAUGCUGGAAAAAUGAGAACAAAAUGCUGACUUGUGAGAUAAACAAAAACAACAGAACCAAAGUGCAGUUUCACCAGACAACUGGUUCUCGCAGCUAUGAAAUGCAACUUAUACAUUUGGCAAACAAGUAUCAAAAUGAACCACCGGAUGCACUGGAUAUAUUUAAAGAGUUACACUACAGCAAAAAGAAAGGAUUCACUCCUACAGUUCAAUCUGCUAUUGUUGAAAUUGAGGACAAGAUAAAUGCUCCUGUAAAUGAGGGUGAGGAACCAAAGGAUGUGGCUAAUGCUGUCUCUGAGGUUCUUGGUCAGAAGACUAAGAAGAAUAGAUUUUUGGUAAAUGUGGGGAUGAAAAGCUCAUGUGCUAGGGAGGACAAUGCUGAAAGUCAGUGUGAGCUAGAAGCUGAACUGGUGCGGGAGAAACAGGCAAACAAUGAUCUUAGGGAGAUUGUGAAGACUCAGCAACUACAGAUAGAUGAGAUGAUGAAGAAGUUCCAGGAAGUAGAAGCUGUAAGGGCAACCCAUGACGAAGAGGUGAAGAAAAAACAAGCUGAGACAGAUGCACUGAUUAAGGGGUUCAUUUCCAUGCUUCCAGGAUGUCUACCAACAAGGUAGAGUCUGUCUCCUGCUACUGCAGCGUAGAUGGGGGGGGUCUUAAAACCAUUUUGAGUUCUAGGAAGUUUGUCCCGGUGCGAAGCUGUGCAUGCAACCUGAUAUCAUACCAUGUAUUGAGGGUCGACGCAUUUUGGCAAGUGGUGCUUUUGGGUUACUUGACUGAACCUUUGGCAAUGUCAGCCUG